ACACACACACGCACACACAUAGAAAGACAGAGACAGAGAGAGAGAGUUUCGUAACUUCGGGAAGUUUUGUGGAGCCAUCGAUAAGUGGACUUGUCGUGUUUUUUUAGAGCCUGGUGUCAGAAACACAGCGGAGGGCUGAUCGUCGCCUGCGUCACUUUUUCACCGGAGUUGCCUAAUUGAGUUUCUCACUGUGAGGCAGCCUUUGCCGUUCAGCAAGGCAGCUGUGAAACUAUCGUCUCUCGUCCUGGAAUAGACUUGUAUACUCCAUCUGAGAAGAGCCUGGCCUGUGCAGCCAUGCUGAUGUAUGACUACCCUCUGAAGACAGACAUGGAGACGUCAUUCUACUCUUCGUUAGUGAAAACCCCGGAGCAAUACGGAGUGAUCUUCUCCCAUCCCGCCCACCUCUUCCACUCCACGCACAUGCACGCCUUCUCCCAGUCCCACACCCCUAGCAACCUCACACACACCCAGCUGGAGCCUGUGGACCUGUCAGUCAGCAAGCGUUCCUCCUCCUCUUCUUCUUCCUCCUCCCCUCCCUGCUCCUCUGCCUCCUCCCCGGCCUCCUCACACAGCUCCCCGCCUUCCCCCUACAGCUCGGCUCCCCGCCCCUCCCCCCGCGGCUCCCCCCCACAUUCCCAGCUGCGCUCCUCGCCGCCUACUUCCUCACUUUCUUACUCCACCAUGGUGGCUCCCAUGAUCGGCUCAGGAUCCGGAGUCAUCCAGGGGUCAGGGGUCAUGAUGUCUCCAGUCAUGGUGCCUCUGUCUGUCCUCUACCCCUCGUCUCUCCACCUGCAUCAGUCCAUUAUGGUGAGCCCACCUGUUGCCAAUGAUGACGACCAUCAUCGAAGCAGGGAGCACAAGCCAGUUCACUGUGGUGACGCCCAUGACCUGCACAAGCCGAUCAAAACAGAGCCUCGCCCUGAGCGUGCUCAUGACAGGCAUAGCAGCCACGAGAUGAAAUCAUCAGUCGUCAGAAUACCACAUGAAUACGGGUGUAACAACCCAUCAGUAAUAGUUCAUUCGGGCGCAAAGCAUCCUCUCCCUGCCGAGUCUCCUGACACACUGAAGAAGCGGCGAAUUCAUCGCUGCGACUUCAAUGGCUGCAACAAAGUGUACACCAAGAGCUCCCACCUCAAAGCACACCGCAGGACACACACCGGUGAGAAACCCUACAAGUGCAUGUGGGAAGGCUGCACAUGGAAGUUCGCCCGUUCAGAUGAGCUGACGAGACACUUCCGCAAGCACACAGGAGUCAAACCGUUCCAGUGCCCCGACUGUGAACGCAGCUUUUCCCGGUCUGACCACCUGGCUUUGCACAAGAAACGCCACCUCCUGGUAUGAAACCCUCUGAAACCAGGCAGCUUAAAAGAAACUUGGUGGUGAUUUCAACGUUGGACUGUACCACUAAGACCUGAUGGGGGAUUUUAAAGAGUUUGCCUUAAAUGUUGGACUCCAUCGUGGAAUGGGGAAAUGUUCCUCAGGGUGCAAGUUUAGACUCUUUCUCCACAUUAGCUUGAAAGUGAGCUGGUAUCAGCCUACUCAUCAUCUAACCGUCACACCUUCCUGUUUGCAAACUUAUCAUCAGCUCAUUUUGACAUUAUGUUGUACUAGACCUCUGACCAGCUGAAGGUCCAGACACUUGUUUUUUUUAAAGAGAUGGCAGCAUCUCAGCUGGCCUGAGAGCAGUGCCCUCUUGUGGCUGAAGAACCAAACCGCAUCAACACCAGUUCCGUUUAGGCACAUGCAGCAUGCUCAAGCUUCAUUUAGCAACAUCAGCUCUCAUUUCUCUGCAUUCAUUCAAGUUAAAGUUGUGAACUAUACAAACACAUAAACACACACACACACACACACACACACACACACACACACAUACACGCACGUUAUUUGCUAGCUAGGCCAAUAUAAUGUGAAACUUUCCAGAAUGUAUCAUAUCACACAUACUGUGCAUCGUGUCAUACAUACUAGCUUUCUUUCAUCAGCGCAGCUACCUGAGACUUAACGCUAAUGCUAAUUGCUCCUUGAUGGACCGCCACAUUAAAAAAACACCACACACCUCAUCUGCCUCUACAAGCUUGCAUCAUGAAGUGAUAAAAAAACAGGUAGCUAUUGCUUGCCUUCUCUUGUACAUACAUGCACAUGUUUAACGGCACAGACAGCUAGAAAACAUGCACUUAAUUAAAGCAAACUCAGUCUGGUGGGCUUUUGGUAUUUGGGUUGGAAAGAAAAGGCUGGGUCUCUGGGUCUUGUUCAUUGUUGGAGUGAAGUGUUUUUUUAUGUUUUCAUUCACAAAUGUGAAAGUUGCUGCAGGGGCAUUAUUGUGUUAGUAAGGAAAAAACACCACUUGGUUAGUUUAAGGGUAGAAGCAAUUAAAUGUCUUAUAUCAUGUUUAUGUAUCCAUAUGAACUAUUGUUUGGUUUGUGUUGUGACACAAUGGUAGCCUUUUUUAUUGUAUGACACGUUUAUAUGAAAAAAAAAAAAUACAAAGUGUGAAGCAGGGAAAAUUACUCUUUAAUAUUUGUUGUUCAGGAGCAGAUGAGUUUUAUUCCAGCCCAGCACACAGGAUAUGUAAUUUUAAAGAAAAUAACAUUUAAUUCAACAGUUUUCAUAAUAGAAGGUCAUAAGAUAUACAACUUUCUGUUUGUUUGUUUAUAGCAUCUUUGUACAUGCCUCCAAUGUGCACUUUAUGUGUGUGUAUAUGUAUGUGUGUGUAUGUGUAUGUAUGUAUAUAUAUAUAUAUAUAUAUAUAUACAUACAUACAUACAUACAUACAUACAUACAUACAUACAUACAUUCCCAAAGUCAAACAUGUUCUGAUCACAUCAGUUUUUCUAUUCAUACAUCUGUUGGUCAGUUUGAUCAGAAACACUUAUGAUAUGUCUUGGUUUGUCAUUUUGUAAAGAUGUAAUACCAGCAGAAGGUGUGAUCUUUUCUUUUAUGUACACAAACAAACACACACACACACACACACACACACACACACACACACACACACACACACAGAAUGUAGCGGCUCAACUGAUCUGCAUUUUGCAACCUGGAUAUUUUUUGCGAUCUUUGCUUGUACAUGUUUUUGUAUUUCUGCAAAUAUAAGUUGUAAUAUAUAUCUAUAUUUUAUAAUUGAUUAUUAGACUGAAAGGGCAAUUACAGGUUUUAUUAAGCAUGAUUUUGAUACUCUUAUAACAAUGGAUAUUAUACAUUUCUAUAAAGUUCUGUUCAUAAUAAACCCUAUCUCUUUUCAAUCUAAAUGUUGGCAAUUCAAAGGGAAAAUGUUAAACUGUGAAUAUAUAAAUGUACAGGUCUAUCUGCAAUUUUGCAUUUAUUUUAAGACAGAAUAUUCAUACCACUCAAUAAACCUAUUGAUAA